AAUUUUCCAUUUAUCUAACAAGUUACACAGAUGACUGGAUGGCUACAGACAGGGAAACACUGGUAAAAGAUUACAUGUCAAAGUUUCUGAAGAAGCAUGACUUACAUGAUAGUAUUGAAGCUGUUGAUGAGAUAGUGUUGAGUUAUGUUGUCAGUAUCUUGGAGGAUUUAGGAGAUGACCAGAAUGCUGAGGAGAAUAUAGAUGUGGACCAGUUUACAGAGAUGAUAGAUGCAUACAUUCCUGGAUUCUGUAAUAUUGACAGUGUAGAAGUUUGUGAGUGGAUGUUUUCCUUGUCUACAGAACUUGUAAAGGAAAAUGGAGAUAGUCCUGACAUUCCAAAAGACAACACAUCAGAACCAAGUGAUCCUGUAAUUCAUAUUAUAGGAGCUACAGCAUUACCUCAGAUAGAUAGUACAGAAGUCAAUGGCAAUGUGGAAUCAAUUCCAGGAGACACAGAAGAUGAUCCAGAGCUAGUCACUAUAUUGUUGGAGAUGUUCCCCACAGCCUGUUCUUUAGAAAUCUCCCAUUGUCUGGCACUUAGUAAUGGUGACCCUGACAGUGCAGCACAAUUAAUAAUACACAGACAGGAAAUUGGAGAUACUAUAGUAUCAUCUAAUAACAGUAAGAAAAAGAAAGACAUGGUGCUUGAUGACAACAAAGUCAAAAGUCAUAUCAUCAACAGGUUUUCAUAUGUUGACACAGAUGCUGACAAGAAAACACAUACUCCAACCUUCCAAAAACAGGAAUCAAAGAAACUUGUACGAUAUUUGGACAAUAAAGUUGUAAGCACAAAAGGCGAAAAAUUUACAGAGAUUAAGAAGGAAAAUUCAGAAGAAAUGAAGAAAACUUAUAUCAACCUCAAACCUGCCAGAAAAUACAGAUUUCAUUAAAAAGAAGACAAGUUUCAGGACAUGAAUCCGUAAAUCAAAUUCAUAUGUGAGACUUUCUUGCAAGUCUUCAAAUGUUUUUUACUAAAUAAUAAUUUUGGUCUACGUCAGAAAGAUUUUUCACUAUUUUAUAUUCUUAUUCUGAGUGCCAACUUCAGUGAGGUAUAGACAAUCUCGUAAUUGUCAAUAAAUUUCAAAAAAAUGGUUUUGAAUGUAAGACUUCUGAAAAGAUUUUAUGUUUUUAUCAUUACAAUUUUAAUGGUUGAAAUAAAUUUAUAAAUUUUCUUUUCAAACUUGCAUAAUCAUUAUAAUAGAAAAUUGAUAUAAAGACUAAAAUGUGUCAGUGCAUUUGACAGGCCAUAAUUCUUGGAAAGUUGGAAAAAUGUCUUGAUUAUCUCCCUUAUAACAAAAUUUUUCAAAAACUGUUGACAUUUGAAAUCUUUUUACCAUAUUCAAAAUGUUUGCCACCUAGACAAUAUUUAAAUCAAUGGAAUCUCAGGAUUGAUUAUUUAAAAGAAUUUGAUUUGCUGCUUUUGGCAUUUCUUGCUAAGAACAAUUAUUAUUAAUGGAAAUUGUCAAUGUUAUGUUUGCCUCAUUGUAAACUAAUUAAGUUAAGCAUUUAGUUAAUUACGUUUCAUCCAGAAAUUGUCAUGAUGGUUGAUUUAUUUUUACUUUUUUGUAAUUUUUGUGUAUGCAUGUUGAGUAUGUAAGGGAGUAACAUAUUUUCCUUCCAAUUAUUUUUGUAAAUGAAAGUCAUGGUAUAUGUUGCUUCUAUCUCUUUUCAUGGUAAUUAGAAUGAUUGUAGUGUUCCGCAUAAUUGAAUUCAUGUUUUUCAAAUUUUGUAAACAAGUCUUAAGAGUUUAGAAGAUAAAUAUUUUUAUCUAAAAUCCAUUUUGUUAUACAAAUUACUGUUUCACUUCCUUCCACUGAAUCCACCUAAAGAUAUUAGUAAUAAAUCCACAGUAGUUGGAUGCAGUUUCACAUUUCCAUAUUUUAUGUAUAACAUUUCAUCAACAAACUACUGUGCGAUUUGUGUUUGAAUUUCAAAAUUUGAUAAGUGGUGAUAAAUACUCAAGUAUAAAUUAGGUAAUUUCCUUAUUCAUUAAAAAAAAUGUUUCAAGGCCACCCAAAUCAAUUAUUUGUAUUCAUAAAAUUAUUGAUUGGGUAGGCCUUGAAUUAUUCAAUACGUUUUUAAGAUUGACACAAACAAAAUUAAUAAGUCAAAACAAAUAAAUUUGCCAAGACAACUUGUAAAUAUAUUUCAUCAUUGAAGUUCUAUAAAACAUUGUUAAAACAGAGUUAUUUCCCCUUUCUUAAUCAUCCAAAAUUUACACAACUUUUUCACUGAAAAGUUAUCUUUCAUCCUUUUAUUCGUAUUUUUAUCGACACCAUAUUUGAUUGGUUUAAACCGGGAAAAACAUAAUUAUUACUAUCUUUAAUGGUAUUUUAUCAGAUGUAAGGCCAGUGUGUGUUCCAUAUUUUUUUAUUGUGUUAUGAUCAUUCACUCAUUCAGAUACAUGUACGUGCAUAUUCAUUUUGAAUAACUUAGCAUUGAAAAAAAGUCAAGUCAUUUAUAGUUUCAUGUUAUUAUAUAUAGUAAAAUAGUGAUAAAGAUGUGUUCAGUUUAUAGUACUUGCAAAAAUAGUGUUUGAAUAAUUAUCAAUUUUGGAGUCACUUGCUAUUGUUUUUCAACACCAAUUUACAUAGUUUAAUAAAAUAGGUACUAUAAAGGUAUCUUUGAAGUAAAUGUUUUCAGUUAUAAAAUCUUGCAGGAGCAGCUUCCUUCAAGAAGUUAUCAAAUGACAAAAAUACUGCCACCAUUAAAUAUCAAGAAGAUGGACAUUAAAGUAAUGUAAGCAAUAUAUUACUGUUAUUUUUAAAAAUGCUGCUUUGUUGGAUAGUUACCUUUAUUUUUCUUUAGAUAUUAUCUGUUUAUUGUAAAAUGAAUAAAUAGUUACAUGUAAAUUUUGGGAAAUCUUUUUUUUUUCUUUCUUUUUUGUGCUUACGUUUGCAUUUGUGUAUCACAGGAUUAUUUUAAUUUCUCAUACAACCUUCUAAGGCUAGGAGUUUAAUGAUCAAAUUUAAUGCCAUUGAACAAUUUUUAGUUUUUUUUACCUUUUUCAAAUGUUGCGUAAAAGAAGCUACCUCAGACAUUUUUAUUUCAUUUUACGUUCUAAUUUUUAUGAGAUAAGGAAAGAACCUUCUAAUCCAACACUUACAAAAAAUGUCAAAUAUUAUUUUGAGGAAAUAUUUUAAAAUGUUAAAUUUUUAAAUAUUGUUGGUAUAAUUUAUUCAGCAACAAAAAAUAUUUAUCUUUUCAAUUAAAACGUUUUAGGGCAGUCCCAUUUAAAUGGUUGGGGUGCAGUAGGUUGUAAGGGACUUCCUUAAUACCCUGAUGACCUGCAUACUCUGUCCAAUAAUUUUUUCAUGUAUCAGAUGUAUAUACAAAUAUAAAUUAACUUUGACCCAUUCCUGGUACUUAACAUCCAAAUUUAAUUUCAGAGCUAAAAAAAUCUUUAUUCUUUAGGCAUUUUGAAAUCUCAUUUUUUGUUUUAAAGAAAUUUAAAUACUUAAGAUUUCCCAAGUAGAUUGUGAUAAUAAUAUGAAUUUUU